AUGAGCUUCGUCGCGCGACCCACCAUCCCAGCGCCCAAGGCGUCCUACGUGGAAGGGCUCCGCGCCAAGGAGCGCGAGGGCAAGAAGACGACAGCUCGCGCCGCAGCGGCCGCAGCGCCGCAGCGACCAUUCAAGACCGCGCUCGUGCUCAACGGCGGCGGCCUCCUGCCCGUCGCAAGCGCGUACGGCAUCUUUCGCGGCCUGCACAAGGUUUGCGUCGGCCCGAACGGUGACAAACCGGCCCUUGACGAGUUCGACGUGAUGGCGGGCGUCUCUGGCGGAUACCUUGCCAGCCAGACGUACUGCUACGCCAACCCUGAGCCGACUGGCUUCAACAACUUUGACAAGCCCUGCCCCAAGCUUGACCCGGUCAACUUCCUCAACACCAGCGCGAACUCGGACCCGAACUCGAUUACGUGGGACGACCUCCUCACGGACAACUCAAAGGCCUGCGGCGACAAGCCGGAGACUGGCUACUACAAUUGGAUGGUCCGUCGGCAAGGAGGACUCAACCCCGGCGUUAUAUCCGGCGCCAUCAUGUCGCUCCCCUUUGGCUUCGUCGCCCGCAUCCUCUCCUUUGGCAAGUGCGUCGGCCGCGGCUGCUGGCCAAACUACGGGUGGCUGUGCCUGCCCAGCUUCUCCAUCGGCUUCGCCUCCUAUGCCCGAAUGUUCUUUUUCAACUUCUUUCUCUCCCCCCUCGGCAUCUCGCAAAACAAGUACACGGCCUCGGGCCCCGACCAGGUCUCCGACGUGGCCUGCCUCGCCGACGUCGAUGAGUGCGAGGUCGCCUACCCGCGCCCCGGCGCGCCGACCCCGAUGGCGCACACGCAAAUGAUCCAGGUCACAGGCGUGGGCUACCGCAACUUCCUUGGCCCGCUCGCCUGCUGGGCCCGCGAGGUUUCUACCUUUGUCUACCACCCCAAGGACGACGAGGAGGAGACAGUGGAGGAGGCGAAGAAGAAUGCGGAGAGGAAGGGCAUGGGCAUCGGCAUCUACAAGGCGCUGCAGCUGCAGCCCAACUACCACAACGUGAGCGUCGUGCCGUACACCUUUACGCCCGGGAUGGCCAUCACGCAGUACGACCCGAAGAAUGUGAGCGACCCGAGCAAGGACAACGGUCCGAUGACCUUCGACCGCAACCUCGGCACCUGCUGCGUCGACCCGCCGAACGUGAAGUUCCUCUCCAACUCGCAGCCCUCGUCGACCUGGGUGGAGAAGCCGAGCUGCAUUCCGUGCGCGCCCAUCACCUCCUCGGGCCACCUAUCCCCAGAGGCGAUCAUGUCCCUGACGGCAGAUUUCGUCACGCAAUUCCAGCCCGAGGACGCCCCAUCUGGCCUCGUCGGCUCGCUUUUCACCUGCAUCUCCCCGCUGUACCCUGCGGCCGACAUUACCUACGAGUUCAAGCCCAUGCCGACCGACUUCGUCGGCCCGCUCAGCGAGCCGACGCGCUGCUUCUUCUCUGACGGCGGCGUGCUCGAGUCGACCGGUCUGGCCGGCACCAUCGCGCAGGGCGUCUCAAAGGCGGCCAGUGCCCUCCCGGCUGUCUCUCGCUCGCACAUGCUGCUUCUCACUCCCCUGCUUCCCCUGCCUCAGGCAGCUGUGAUGAUCAACAACUACGGGCAUGGCCCGUGGAAGAAGGAUGAUGCCGCCUGCUGCGAGCCGCUGCGCGGACAGCGUGCGUCCGGGGCCCCGUGGACGUGGACCUUCGACCCGUACGCAGACAAGCCCGAGCCAGGGUCGGCCUACAUGGGUUCCUCGCUCGCGUCUUGCUUCGGCGUGCAGCCGACACCCUUUCAGCCUAAUGCACUCCGGAAGGGCAAGGCUGUCCGUCCCCUGUACGUCCUCAACCACAUCCUGGACAACAACCCGGAGCACUACCAGGGCGAGUGCUCGUACCCGGACCUGACCAAGGACAAGGACUGGCCGGGGGGUGACAAGGUGCCCUGCGACUACACGCAGUGCAAGAAGCUCUCCGUGUUUACUAGGUGCCAGCGCGCCGGCCAGCCGCUCGUGUGCACGCUCAAGGGCCUCAAGGUGCUCAACAACCCCUUCUGGGGCACGACGACGGCGCAGGACGAUGCGAUCGAUGUGCGCAAGUCGCUCCUCAAACACCCGAAGGCCUGCCCGCCCAAGCUGGCCAUCGCCAACUGCAAGAUGGCAAGCUACCACGAUCACUACAGUGGCAAAGACCCGUUUGGCUGCCUCGGCAACUUCCCGUACUACGGGGCGAUCCCUAAGGGGGUCGGCGGCUGGGUCAACGACGUCCUCGGCAACGUUGGUGUGCCUGGACUCAAUGCGCUCGCUGGAUGGACAAAGGAGGAAGUUGCCCUUUUCGGCUACCUCGGCGACUACAUCGUCAACGGCGACAAUGGCUCGCGCCAGGCCAACUUCACGUGCCUCCUAGAGUAGAUUACUGGUUGGGUAGUAGUCUAAGUUCUGAGCCUCGAGGCUGAGCGGGUCUAAGUGUGACUAGUCACGCUGGGGUGCUUACGCGGUCUAAGAUCAGCGAGAGCCUCUU